AUGCAGGGCGGCCUGGCCUAUAGCAACCCCUACUUCGGGGCAGAGGGGCUGUCCCCCAGCCCCUCCCAGGCCGGCGAGUUCAACCAGGCCUUCUCCCCCGCACCCGGCGGCGCGCCGCCGUCGUCGGCGCUGGGCUUCCGCCGCCUGGGCGCCCUGCCGCAGUCGCAGCUGGGCCGGCUCAGGGCGCAGGAGCCCUCACCCGGCGGCAGCGACGAGGCGAUGGUCGACGGGAAGGGCGAGGGCGGGGAGGGCGCCGAUCAGCAGCCGCCGGCGGCCAGCCUGGCGGGCGCGUCGCCAGGCACGGUGGCUGGCGGCAGCGGGGGCAGCCGGGAGCGGCCCGAGGAGGACGAGUUUGCUGGGGUGCUGGGAGCAGUGAUGCGGGACGAUGAGGAUGCCGCCGAGGCGGUACGCCUGUACGCCGCCAUCUGCCGCCAGCGCGCCGCAGCGCUCAGGGAGCUGGCCAGCAGCCAGCUGCAGCGGGCGGCCAGGUACAUGUCCCUCAAGGAGCAGGCGGAGGAGCUGGAGGGGGAGGCGGCCACCUGGCAGCUGCUGUGGUUCCUGCACGGCGUGCCGCAGAGGGACUUCCCGGGGGGCAGCGGCGGCGGGUUUGUGGAUGGGGCGGGCUUCACCAAGACCAGCCGCCAGCGCGCCUCAGACCUGCUGUUUGCUGACGCCGAGCUCAACCGGCGUGCCGGGUGGCAGGCACAGCGGCGCGGCGUUAAGGCCCACCCGGGCCUGGCGCUGGCUUGCCUGCGCUCCCCGCCGGCGCAGGUGUGGCCGCACCUGGCUCUGGUGACUGAGCUGGACCCCGAUGCGCCCACCCGCCAGCACAAGGCGGUGCAGGCGGACGACGGCAAGGAUGAGGAGCGGGUGAUGGCGCGCGUGUUUGCACUGAUGCGCGCGGGCCGCAUGGGCCAGGCCCGCCAGCUGUGCGAGGCCGUGGGCCAGCCGUGGCGCGGCGCCUCGCUGGGCGGCGGCGGCGGCCACGGCCCGCUGCCGCUGGGCGUCGCGGCGAAGGAGGCGGAGGGGAUGGAUCCCGGCGGGGAGCAGGCUGCUGACCUGGCGGCUGAGGUGGAGGGCGGGGAGGGCACGCUGCGCGCGCUGUGGCGCUGGGCCUGCUUCCAGGCCGCCGAGCGCGCCGGCGCGUCGGCCGAGGCCAGCGGCGGCGGGCUGCACGAGGCCGCUGUGUACGCUGCGCUGAGCUGCCACCUGGCGCGCCUGCUGCCCGUGUGCGCCUCCUGGGAGGACUGCUGCUGGGCCUACCUGCGAUGCUGGCUGGACGCGGCGGUCGUCAACAUCGACGCCCCGCCCGCCGCCUCAGCCACCCUGUGCCGCCACGUCUGCUACCCGCGCCUCGCCCUCAAGUGCGCUGCGCUGCGUGAGGCGCUGGCCUUUAUGGGCCACACGGGCGGCGAGGGAGACGAGCUGGUGGUGAUGGUUGCCAGCCCCGAGAUGAGCCCCCUGUUCAGCCAGGCGGAGCUGGCGGAGCUGCUGCAGUUUGAGCGCGCCGCCACGGUGCUGCAGCUGCGCAACCGCGAGCAGCAGCAGCAGCAGCAGCAGCAGGGAGGGGAGCGGGCCGGCGGGGAGUCGACUCCGGCAGGUGUGCAGGCAGCCCCGGACGCCUGA